UAUUUAGUUAGACAGCAGAGUUACCAAGAAGAGCUGGAAACACCUGAUGGUCUCUGUGGGACAAUCCGCUCCAUAUAACUCUCCUCUUAACUGUCGGAAGAUACAUCUACCUCUAGGCUUAAUUUGUUGUGUUUUCUCUUCUGAAAAAAAGUAACAGAGCCAGCUGUUCUCUCUUUUCUCUCUCUUCAUCCAAACUGAUAAGGAGACAUUGCACUUUUCUUUUUAUAUAUUGCUAAUAUUUAUUGUAUUUGCACUAACGAUGCACUCCACGCAAAAGGACACGACCUACACAAAGAUUUUUGUCGGGGGUCUACCCUACCACACCACGGAUACAAGUCUCAGGAAAUAUUUUGAGGUGUUUGGUGAGAUUGAAGAAGCGGUGGUCAUAACGGACCGGCAGACCGGCAAGUCCAGGGGAUAUGGAUUCGUGACGAUGGCGGACCGCUCGGCUGCAGACCGGGCCUGUAAGGACCCCAACCCCAUCAUUGACGGCAGGAAGGCCAACGUCAACCUGGCAUACCUGGGGGCCAAGCCUCGGGUGAUGCAGCAAGGUUUUACCUUUGGUGUUCCCCAAAUUCACCCUGCGUUCAUCCAAAGGCCUUAUGGCAUCCCGGCUCACUAUAUGUACCCUCAGGCCUUCGUACAGCCUAGUAUGGUCAUCCCUCAUGUGCAGCCUACAGCCAAUGCACCUUCCAACGCUUCCUCCCCCUACAUCGACUACACUGGAGCGGCCUACGCUCAGUAUUCUGCCGCCGCAGCCAGUGCUGCUGCAGCCGCUGCAUAUGAGCAGUAUCCCUACGCCGCCUCCCCCGCCGCCGCAGGCUACAUGACUACCGCGGGGUACGGCUACGCAGUCCAGCAGCCUCUGGCCACCGCCGCCCCGGGCUCAGCCGCUGCUGUUGCCGCCGCCUUCGGGCAGUACCAGCCUCAGCAGCUGCAAGCCGACCGCAUGCAAUAGCAGCUACUGCAACCACUGGACAUGCAGAGCGAGGAGCCCCGCCCCCGACCACAGCUGAUUGGUCAGGAGGAGCGGCGAAGGAAAAGGAAGAGGGAUUGGCCUUAAGGGCGGGCGUGUCAGCGACUCGUAGGCAGAGUUGCUUUAAAAAGGUUAUGAUGGUGGUGGUGGUGGUGAUGAUGGUGGUGGUAGUGAUGAUGAUGAUGGUGAGGUGGGAACCUUUUACAGUAACCUUCCAACUUGCUGUGCUUCAACCAAAAAACGAGAAAAUGAAAAAAAAGUUGCAGAACACAUAAUGGAAAGUGAUUUACUAUUAUUGUUGUUGUUAUUACUAUUAUCAUUACUAUUAUCAUUGUAGUAGAGUACUUAUUUAUAGAAGAGAAGCAGGAACUAAUCCCUGUGGUUGGUAUAGGUGUUGAACUGCCUUCAAGUCCUAUUGCUGUCUUUAAUGUUAGUUUAGGUCUAUUAUUUUUCAUUUGUGGUUUUACCACAAGUGUUUUCGGUUAUUUUAUGCCCUCAUAACAUAUAUAUUUAUUAUUGUUAUUAUUACACAUUGGGGGCUCUUCUUGUUCUUUUUGUCAUAUCAAGUGCAUUUUUAGGAGUUAAUAUUUUCUGAUAAUCAGGGAAAUGGAACAGUUUCCAACAUGUUAGCUAUUAUAAUGUGACCUCUGUCAGGAAGUCGAGGAGUCCUAACUUAUUGUGUCACACUUAUUUGAUGAACUACCUUUUUAUCUUCCUGAUGCUGAAUGUCCCUUUUUUUUACUCUGUGUCUCGACCUCUUGACCUAUGCUAAGCAAACAAAUCACCAGGAGACAAAAAAACAAAGAAAAGCAACAAAAAAACUGAAAAUGUCAUCAACUCUGACUUGAUUCUUGGACUAAAGGGGGACUUGGCAAACAAAGCAAACGCACUGACAACAGGAGGGAGGUUGAAAACGGCUUCAGACAAUGAGAAACACUAAACCUGUCGCUUUUCCACAUGUUUCACUCACACGUACACAGACACAUGCAUCCAGAGUUGCACACAUAGCAGUCAAAGACAAAGGCAGCACAGUUGUGUUUCUCUCGGGCUCUGGGAUGGAGGGAGAGAGAGAGAGAGAGGGAGAGAGACAGAGAGGGAGAGAGAGAGAGCAGCUGGUGGUGGGGGAGGACAGCGCCGCUCCAGCGCCACACAGACGGAUCACUCUGGAAAGAACGCAUCACUUGUGCUCGUUUGUUGAGCUGUCACAUUUUAAUCCCCGGCUGGGCCCAUUUGGGAACCAACUUCACAAACCUCCACCCAACGCAGUGCCCCACAGCAGAGCCCCCCCACCUCCCCUCAGUCAUGCAGCUGUCAGCACUUCCACCUCUGUGCUGCUGUAGUCUGGUGUCAGGUACACACUCACACACACUUUCACCAAAGCUACUCGACAACUGGCCUGCCUCAUGUCUGUCAAGAUCACCAGGAGGGGUGAAGAGGACUCUUUGACGUUAUGUCGGUCUGUGUGCCUUACAUUUUUACUGCUAUUUAAGAGGAAAAAAACACACAAAAAAAGAUAAAUCUACUAUUUAAGAUAUUUAUUUUUGAGGGUUGACGAUGUUGACGCUCUGAGAGUAGAGACUUAGUGGCGGUACUGUAUUAUUAAUAUUAUGUACUCAUCUCAAGGCAUAUAUAAGUUAUUGAUUAGUUUUAGUAAUAUUAUUAUAAUUAUUAUUAACAUACUCAACCAAAAAUGUCAAUGUAGGAGUUAUUUAAGAUACUGUUAUGUGCACUGUACUUUUAUUUUUUUAAUCUUUUUGAUUCUUUAGAACAUGACAUUAGCUUAAUGCCUUUUUGUAGGGAAGGAACUUUAUUUAAAUGCAGGCCUGUUUGCAUGGAGAUUGUACUCUUCUGUGUUUAGAUGAGAGGAAUAAAUAAUAAUAACUUUCACAAAAAACAAGCGAAAAUGCUGCUUUCUCCACUAGAAUGUAUAGUCGUUGUCAAGGGUUCAUUAGCUGUGCUUCUUUUGCUUAAUAUUCAUCAGAUGAGCUAUUUUACACUGUCGGGAAUUUUUAUACUUGAACUAUUUCUUACAAGGGAAA